AUGCGUGUGCAUGCGUGUCCGUGUGCUGAGCACGUCAGAGGCGGUGCCCCGGAGCCGCCUCCUCACCGCACCCCUCGUUCCCCCACAGAGGAGGUGGCCAAGUUGGAGAAGCACCUGAUGCUUCUGCGCCAGGAGUACGUGAAGCUGCAGAAGCGCCUGGCGGAGACGGAGAAGAGGUGCCGGCUCCUGGCCGCCCAGGCCCACCAGGAGGAUGGCGGCGGCGGAGGCGGCGGCGACUGCUUCAUCACGCGGCUGCUGAGGAUCGUGGCGGACCUCUACGAGCAGGAGCAGUACAGCGAUCUGAAAAUCAAGGUCGGCAAUCAGCGCGUCAACGCUCACAAGUUCGUGUUGGCCGCACGGAGCGAGAACUGGAGUCUGGCCAGUUUGGCCUCCACAGAAGAGCUGGACCUUUCAGAUGCCAACCCCGAGGUCACAAUGGCCUUGCUUCGCUGGGUCUACACGGAUGACUUGGAGCUCAAGGAAGACGACGUCUUCUUGACAGAGCUGAUGAGGCUGGCAAACCGGUUCCAGCUGCAGCUCCUGCGGGAAAGGUGUGAGAAAGGCGUGAUGUCCCUGGUGAACGUGAGGAAUUGCAUCCGAUUCUAUCAGACGGCCGAGGAGCUGAGCGCCAGCACACUGAUGAACUAUUGUGCGGAAAUCAUUGCCAGCCACUGGGACGACCUGCGCAAAGAAGACUUCAGCGGCAUGAGCGCGCAGCUCCUCUAUCAGAUGAUCCAGUCCAAGACGCAGCACCCGCUGCACAAGGCCAUCCGGCUGGAGCGGGAGGACGUGGUCUUCCUGUACCUCAUCGAGACGGAUGCCCAGCUGCCCUUGAAGCUGAAUGAGCUCGACCCCAACGGAGACCUGGCCUUGGAUCUGGCCCUCUCUCGAAGGCUGGAGAGCAUCGCCAGCACGCUGGUGAGCCACCGGGCCGACGUGGACAUGGCCGACAAGAACGGCUGGAGCCUGCUGCACAAGGCCAUCCGGAGAGGCGACAGCUUCGCGGCCAGCUUCCUCAUCAAGAACGGCGCGCUGGUGAACGCGGCCACGGCGGGGGCGCAGGAGACGCCGCUGCACCUGGUGGCCUCGGCCAGCGGCGGGAAGGGCCCGGCGGACGGCACGGCGGAGAUGGCGCACAUCGCCGAGUCCCUCCUGCAGGCCGGCGCGAACCCCAACAUGCAGGACGCAAAGGGGAGGACGCCGCUGCACGCCUCCAUUGUGGCCAGAAAUGACGUGGUCUUCAGUCAGCUGCUGCAGUGCAAACAGCUGGACCUGGAGCUCAAGGACCACGAGGGCAGCACCGCCCUGUGGCUGGCCCUCCAGUACGUCACGGUGUCUUCGGACCGAGCCGUGAACCCCUUCGACGACGCCCCCGUCCUCAACGGCACGUCCUUCGACGAGAACAGCUACGCGGCCCGGCUGAUCCGGCGCGGCAGCCGCACCGACGCCCCCGACGCCGCCACAGGGAACUGCUUACUCCAGAGGGCAGCUGGAGCGGGCAACGAGGCGGCGGCCCUCUUCUUGGCGGCCAGCGGAGCCCCCGUGAAUCACAGGAACCGAUGGGNUCAGAAGAUUUGGGGAACCAACGCCCUCCACGCCGUCGGCUCGCUGCAGAUCAUCCCGGACUUCAGCCUCAAGGACUCCAGGGACCAGACCGUGCUGGGGCUGGCGCUGUGGACGGGGAUGCACACGAUCGCGGCCCAGCUGCUGGGCUCGGGCGCCUCCAUCAACGACACCAUGCCCGACGGGCAGACGCUGCUGCACAUGGCCAUCCGGCGGCAGGACGGCAGGAGCGCCCUCUUCCUCCUGGAGCACCAGGCCGACAUCAACAUUCGGACGCAGGACGGAGAGACGGCCCUGCAGCUGGCCAUCCGGAGCCAGCUGCCCCUGGUGGUAGAUGCCAUCUGCACCCGCGGGGCCGACAUGUCGGUGCCCGACGACCGAGGGAACCCGCCGCUGUGGCUCGCCCUGGAGAGCCACCUCGAGGACAUCGCCUCGACCCUGGUGCGGCACGGCUGCGAUGCCACGUGCUGGGGCCCCGGGCCGGGCGGCUGCCUCCAGACCCUCCUGCACCGAGCCAUCGACGAGAACAACGAGGCCGUGGCCUGCUUCCUCAUCCGCAGCGGCUGUGACGUGAACAGUCCGAGGCAGCCCGGCGCCAACGGAGAAGGGGACGAGGAGGCCCGCGAUGGCCAGACCCCGCUGCACCUGGCCGCCUCGUGGGGGCUGGAGGAGACCGUCCAGUGCCUUCUGGAGUUCGGGGCCAACGUCACCUCGCAGGACGCAGAGGGCCGGACGCCGAUCCACGUGGCCAUCAGCAGCCAGCAGGGGGUCAUCAUCACGCUGCUCAUCUCGCACCCCGACAUCCGCCUCAACGUCCGCGACCGCCAGGGCCUGACGCCGUUCGCCUGCGCCAUGACCUACAAGAACAACAAGGCGGCCGAGGCCAUCCUGAAGCGGGAGCCGGGCGCCGCCGAGCAGGUGGACAACAAGGGCCGGAAUUUCCUCCACGUGGCGGUCCAGAACUCGGACAUCGAGAGCGUCCUGUUCCUCAUCAGCGUCCAGGCAAACGUGAACUCCCGGGUCCAGGACGCCUCGAAGCUGACGCCGCUGCACUUGGCCGUCCAGGCCGGGUCUGAGAUCAUCGUGCGCAAUCUGCUUCUUGCAGGUGCCAAGGUGAACGAGCUGACCAAGCACCGCCAGACCGCCCUGCACCUGGCUGCCCAGCAAGACCUGCCCACCAUCUGCUCCGUCCUCCUGGAGAACGGGGUUGACUUCACCGCCGUGGAUGAGAACGGGAAUAACGCGCUCCACCUUGCGGUCAUGCAUGGCCGCCUGAGCACCAUCCGGGCCCUCCUGACCGAGAGCAGCGUGGACGCGGAGGCCUUCAACCUGAGGGGCCAAUCCCCGAUGCACAUCCUGGGCCAUUAUGGCAAGGAGAAUGCGGCCGCCAUCUUUGAGCUCUUCCUGGAGUGCAUGCCCGAGUACCCCCUGGACAAGCCCGACAUCGAGGGGAACACAGUGCUGCUCCUGGCCUACAUGAAGGGCAAUGCCAACCUGUGCCGCGCCAUCGUCCGUGCAGGGGCCCGCCUGGGUUCCCACAACAACCAGGGAGUCAACAUCUUCAAUUACCAGGUGGCCACGAAGCAGCUGCUCUUCAGACUCCUGGACAUGCUGUCCAAGGAGCCUCCGUGGUGUGACGGCUCCAACUGCUACGAGUGCACAGCCAAGUUUGGGGUCACCACACGGAAGCAUCACUGUCGGCACUGCGGACGCCUCCUCUGCCACAAGUGCUCCACGAAGGAGAUCCCCAUCAUCAAGUUUGACUUGAACAAGCCCGUGCGGGUGUGCAACAUCUGCUUCGACGUUCUGACCUUGGGGGGCGUCUCCUAGGCGGCCGGCUGUGCCGGCCCGGUCCUCCUCGGCCCCAGCAGCCGCCCAGCGUGCCAGCCCCGCAGCCAGGGACAGGGAGGGCAGUGGCGAGGGCACCUGCCCCCCUCCCACGACCCACCGAAAACAAUUCAGGACCCUCUAGCGAUUUACUCCAUUCCCGAUGAUUUGUGUGAUUGCCGUUGUAUCAGGCUGGGAUCCAUCCAGAGCGCCAGGAGAGCCUGGGGCUGGGGAGGGGGGCUCGGCCGUGGGCGCUGCCCGCUGGGGAGCCCUUCUCGGCGCUCCAUCCCAGGGCUAGCGGGCACUUUGGAAACAGGGUUCAGAGAGGAGGAUCGUGGGGAAAAAAGUGGCCUUAACAACAAAGCUUUACAAGCAGGUGUCCCUGCGCCCCCACGCGGUGCCCGGCAGCACCAGGUUGGGGCACAGGGGUGCUCUGGGCCCUUCCCAGAGGUGUCCCUGCCAUGCGGGCAGCCGCCUACCUCGGGGACAUCGAGAGGGAGCAGCAGCUUCGAGCCGGAGGCACCAGGGCUGGCUUCGGGCCAAGCCCACGCACACACCCACACCGUGGCCAGGCGGGUAAGAGCCGUGACGUAGCCCACGUGGGGAUCCUUUCGGGAACGUGAUCGCUUCCUUCGUGCGGCUCGGACACCCGAGAAGAGACGAGCUGGAACUCGGGAGGCCGCCCGCUGUCCUCGCCGAGGCCCUCCCGGUCUUUGCCUGUCCGUGCCGUCCCUGGAGGCCGGGGCACCCUCGUGGACGAGGAGCGGCAUCGAGGAAGAGGCCGCCUCCGUGCUCAGCCUUCUCCUUGGCCUCCCUCGUGCUCCCCAGCGCUCGACGUGCGGCCGGGCCUCAGCUGGCAGCGCGCACACACGCACGUCUGCACGAGGCGCCGAGGACGAGGGGGCUCUUCGUGCCCCAUCACACGCGGCCAUCAUGUUGGAGCAAGAGCGGGACGUGCUUCGGCGGCCAGAAGACGAGGCGUGUGUCCAGGACCACGUUUCUCCCGAGCUGCACAUUCCGCGUGGGAUUGGCUGGCGAUGAGGCUGCCCCACCCCAGCCUUGCCGGGGGCCCCCUCGAGGCGCCCGGCCAGCUUCGGCCUCGGCACGGCCCUCUCCCGGAGAGCUGCCCCAGGAGCUGCAUUAGGAGACGUGGAAUUCCCGACUCGGAAUCAUGAGUGAUGUUGUGGCUGGUGCUCGUCCCCUGGCCCGGCGGCCCUGCGGCCCGGCCUCCCCCCGCCGGCACCUGCUCCCGCUUUCUGCAUCGCUGAUCACACUAAGCCUAAUCAUGGGUUCAAAUGUGCUGGGAACACGCACGCGGGUUUGCGUGUCGGCACGGACGCUUCCCCUUCCCUUGAGCCGAGCCGGGGCCCCUCCUCCACCGCCCACAGGUGUGCUUGGGGAAGCAGCUCAGGGUGGCAUCCCCCAUGGUGCCCGCCCUGCCCCCACACCUGUGGGCAUCUGGGAUCAGGAGUACAGGCGGGCCGCUUCAGAGCCCGGGGGGCCACGGACCCUCCAGCUGUGGAUCCUAAAGCGGGAGCAGGCAUUGUGGCAGGGGGGGUCCCCGAGGAGGGCGCCCUCUGCCAGGGGUGCUUCUCUAGUUGCCCAGGAUCUCCUCGCCUAACCCCCAACCCCUCUGCUCCCCCCACCCGGGAUCCCGGCUGUUAGCCGCCCACCCGUGCCGCUUCCCCGAAUCCCUUCAGCCCCUCUUGUUUUCCCCAAGCACAAGCCCUGCCCGGUCCGGUCACAGGUCCUCCCUCUGAGGCCGGCCUCUGUCCUGAUCUCGGACGACUGCACCCCGCACAGGGGGAAGGGACGGCCUGUGAGCCCCAGGGCGCCCUGGGCCGAGCUCCUCAGGCCGGGGGCAGCCCCUAAGCACAAAAGCCCUUCGAGGGGACGGUGGGGGCCGGGGGGCUUUUGGGACCUCGCCUCCCCCUCGUGCCAGCGUCUGGAAAGGGCCGCUACCAUUGUAGAUGCCUUAACGACUCCACAGAUUCAGACGUGUCCGGCCUCCUCUCCACGUGGCAUAGAUGGUACCCGAGCCCAGCCCCCGCUGGGCACUUCGGUCAGGCCACAGAGUGGUGGGCCGAGCCCCCUCCCUGCCUCCUUUUCAAAGGUCCCUGCAGGGCUGGGCUCCCAGCGUGGGGGAGGGGGCACGUGGCCGCCAUGUCCGUGGAGUCUGUGGAAUAGAAUGUAUUUUUCCAAAUGGAUAUUUGCAUUAACUGUAAUGAUUCCUUGUAAUAAAACUAGAAUGGUGUCAA